CCUUUCUCAUUCCAGUCAUGUUGCCGUUUCCAUGGUGACAACCGGUCGCGGUGACGUCAUUGCCCGCAGCCGGAAGUAUGGGCGAUGUCCUAGGAGACAGAUGCAGGCCUUGAUCCUGACAGGUCCUUUUGGCCACUCCCACAACCAGCAUGGCAUCUAGUCGGGAGGUGGAGUCUGAUAAUGACUCUGAAGGGGAGACCUCAGAAGAUCCAGAAAGACAAGCCUUAGAUUAUGUGUCUAGGGUCCUCAGCACCGUGACACUGCAGGACAAAACCCAACGACCUUCACUAACUUUGCCUGCAGGGAGUCAUGAUGAGCUCCAGCGUGGAGGUUUGGACCUGAAGAAGUCCCCUGUGACGGGUGAGGAUGGGGAUGCGGCCUCACAGCUGUUACUCCUGCCCCUCGAGUUGAUCCUGCAGAUACUGUCAUAUCUUGACCCGCGCUUUAUCCUCAAUGUCUUACCGCUGGUGUGCUCAACUCUCAGAGACAUUGUGUCAGAGAAGGUGACAUGGAAAGUGCGGGUACAGAAAAGAGUCAGCUCCAACUUCCCCGUGGUGGAACAAGAGAACUUUGAUUGGCCAUCUGCAUGCAUUGAUUUGGAAGAGCAGCUAUCUCAUUGGUCAGACAAUGAGAAGAUAGAGCACUUCUCAUUGGCUGACGGUCACUAUGCCUCCAUAGAUGCAGUGUUACUGCUACAGGGAGGAUCUUUAUGUGUGUCUGGUUCUCGGGACAGAAAUGUCAGCCUCUGGGACCUGAGAGACCUGGGGAAUGGCCAGGAGAAAGUGAAGGCUCUGGGGACAGAGAAAACCGGAACACACAAGGGCUGGGCCUGGUCACUCGCCGCUUGCGAGAAUCUUGUGUGUUCAGGGUCCUGGGACAGCACCAUGAAGAUUUGGGACAUUGGUGCUGAGGGUCAGCAGGUGGGAGAGAUGAGGGGGCGAGCAGCAAUUCUGUGCCUGGCAUUUCUGCCAGAUAUCCUGGUAGCUGGAUCCUAUGACAAGAGAGUGAGCGUGUAUGAUCCAAGAGCAUCUCGACCAUUGAUCAAGUGUCGCAAGAUACAUUCCAGCCCUGUGCUGUCCCUGGGGGCUGACGAUCGUCACAUUGUGUCUGGAAGUGAGGACAGGACACUGGUGGUGUUUGACCGCAGAACUAAUGCAGUUUCACAGCGGAUACAGCUGGAAAACUACCUGUUCUGCAUGUCCUAUGAAGCGCCGCAGCUUUGGGCAGGAGACAACCAAGGUCUGGUUCAUGUGUACGGGAGCCACGGAGGGACAUUCCAGCACCUGCGGUGUUUUGAUGUAGGUCACGCUUCACAAGUUACUGGUAUCUGGCACUCAGCGGGCGCACUCUACACAACUUCCACUGAUAAAACUAUGAAGGUGCACAUUCCUACUGAUCCUCCUAAGACCCUCAGUACACAGACACACAGCUGUGUGGUCAACGGGGUCAGUGUGGCAGGACGAACAGUGGCCGCAGCUUCUGGUGGACAAACAGUGGAGAUAUGGAGAUUUCCCAACUAAAAGGAAUCACUACCUGAUACCUGAGGAUGGCUGGGGUAGCAUGAAGGUGGGGGAUCACACCAGAGAAGCUGCUGAACAACACUGAAUACACGUGACACCAGACAAAUAUAUAUAUGUAUAUUUUUUAAUUUAAAACUGUUUAUUGCUUUUACUGUUUUUAUCACAAGAUACUGUGGCAAUAUACCAAGAAAUCAACAAAAUUCUGCUGUAGAAUAAAGACGCUAUGUCAUGGGAAAUAAAAUGAACACAAAAUGAAAAACAAAUAACAGUACAUAAAUAAAUCCAUUGGUUUAAAAAAGA